UGUAUCUGCUCAGAGGAAGAUAAUCUGUUCUACAGUCUCUGGCAGCAGCUGAAAUGGCGCAGCAAGGAAUUCAACUGGACAGAGUUAGAUUCUGCUGUUCGAUCUGUCUGGAUCUACUGAAGGAUCCGGUGACUACUGGCUGUGGACACAGCUACUGUAAGAGCUGUAUUAACAACCACUGGGACCAUGGGGAGGAGAGAGGAAGCUACAGCUGCCCUCAGUGUAGACAGACCUUCACACCGAGGCCUGUCCUGGGGAAAAACACCAUGUUAGCUGCUUUAGUGGAGGAGCUGAAGAAGACUGGACUCCAAGCUGCUCCUGCUGAUCACUGCUAUGCUGGACCUGAAGAUGUGGCCUGUGAUGUCUGCACUGGGAGAAAACGGAAAGCUUGUAAGUCCUGUUUGGAUUGUUUGGACUCUUAUUGUGAAAAUCACCUCCAGCCUCAUCUUCAGUCAGCUCCAUUUAAGAAGCACAAGCUGGUGGAGCCCUCGGAGAAGCUCCAGGAGAACAUCUGCUCUCGUCACGACGAGGUGAUGAAGAUGUUCUGCCGCACUGAUCAGCAGUGUAUCUGUUAUCUCUGCUCUGUGGAUGAACAUAAAGACCACGACACAGUGUCAGCUGCAGCAGAAAGGACUGAGAGGCAGAGAGAGCUCGGGCUGAGGAGACAAACAAUCCAACAGAGAGUCCAGGACACAGAGAAAGAUGUGAAGCUGCUUCAACAGGAGGAGGAGGCCAUCAAUGGCUCUGCUGAUAAAGCAGUGAAGAACAGGGAGAAGAUGUUCACCCAGCUGAUCCGUCUGCUGGAGAAAAGAAGCUCUGAUGUGAAGCAGCAGAUCAGAUCCCAGCAGGAAACUGAAGUGAGUCGAAUCAGAGAGCUUCAGGAGAGACUGGAGCAGGAGAUCACUGAGCUGAAGAGGAAAGACCAGGAACUGAAGCAGCUCUCAGACACAGAGGACCACAACCAGUUUCUACACAACUACCCCUCACUGUCACCACUCAGUGAAUCUACACACUCAUCCAGCCUUAGGAUCCGUCCUCUGAGGAACUUUGCGGGCGUGACAGCAGCUGUGUCACAGGUCAGAGGUCGACUACAGGACAUUCUGAGUGAGACAGAGAUUUUACAGAUUGUGUCUCAAGUGGAUGUUUUACUGCAACAACCAGAACCAGAGACCAGAGCUGACUUCUUAAGAUAUUCACAGGAAAUCACACUGGAUCCCGACACAGUUAACAAAUAUCUGUUAUUAUCUGAGGGAAACAGAAAAAUAACAUAUGAGGGAGUGGAAUCAGAAUCAGAAUCAGAACAGUCUAUUUCUGAACACCCAGACGCAUUUACUUAUAUGGAUCACGUACUCAGUAGAGAGAGUCUGACUGGACGUUGUUACUGGGAGGUGGAGGUGGAGGUGGGAGGAGCAGUUGGUGUAGCAGUCACCUACAAGAAUAUCAGAGUAAAAGCAGGCUCAAAUCAAUGUGGAUUUAAUGAUAAAUCUUGGAUGUUAUGUUGUUUUAAAAACAGUUAUGAAUUUCUAUACAACAGGAUCAAGACUGUUGUGUCAGGUCCUGUGUCCUCCAGAGUAGGAGUGUACCUGGAUCACAGUGCAGGUGUUCUGUCCUUCUACAGAGUCUCUGACACCAUGACUCUCCUCCACAGAGUCCAGACCACAUUCACUCAGCCUCUCCAUGCUGGAGUUUGGGGUUGUAAUCCUGGAGACACAGCUGAGUUAUGUGAACUAGGAAGUGAAUCUGUUCUACAGUCUCUGGCAGCAGCUGAAAUGGAGCAGCAAGAAAUUAAACUUGACAGACAAAGAUUCUGCUGUUUGAUCUGUCUGGAUCUACUGAAGGAUCCGGUGACUACUGGCUGUGGACACAGCUACUGUAAGAGCUGUAUUAACAACCACUGGGACAAUGGGGAGGAGAGAGGAAGCUACAGCUGCCCUCAGUGUAGACAGACCUUCACACCGAGGCCUGUCCUGGGGAAAAGCACCAUGUUAGCUGAUGUAGUGGAGGAGCUGAAGAAGACUGGAUUCCAAGCUGAUGAACAUAAAGACCACGAAGUAGUGUCAGCUGCAGCAGAAAGGACUGUGAGGCAGAGGGAGCUCGCGCUGAGGAGACAGACAAUCCAGCAGAGAGUCCAGGACACAGAGAAAGACAUGAAGCUGCUUCAACAGGAGGAGGAGGCCAUCAAUAGCUCUGCUGAUAAAGCAGUGGAGGACAGUGAGGAGAUCUUCACUGAGAUGAUCCGUCUGCUGGAGAAAAGAAGCUCUGAUGUGAUACAGCAGAUCAGAUCCCAGCAGCAAACUGAAGUGAGUCGAGUCAGAGAGCUUCAGGAGAGACUGGAACAGGAGAUCACUGAGCUGAAGAGGAAAGACCAGGAACUGAAGCAGCUCUCAGACACAGAGUACCACUACCAGUUUCUACACAGCUACCCCUCACGGUCACCGCUCAGUGGAUCUACACACUCAUCCAUCAUCAGGAUCCGUCCCCUGAGGUACUUUGAGGACAUAACAGCAGCUGUGUCACAGGUCAGAGGUCGACUACAGGACAUUCUGAGUGAGACACAGACAGAGAUUUUACAGAUUGGGUCUCAAGUGAAUGUUUUACUGCGACAACCAGAUCCAGAGACCAGAGCUGACUUCUUAAGAUAUUCACAGGAAAUCACACUGGAUCCAAACACAGCAAAUAAAGAGCUGUUAUUAUCUGAGGGAAACAGAAAAGUAAAACGUAUCAGUGUAGAACAGUCUUAUUCUGAACACCCAGACAGAUUCACUUAUUGGGAUCAGAUCCUGAGUAGAGAGAGUCUGAGUGGACGUUGUUACUGGGAGGUGGAGGUGGGAGGGAGAGCAGCUGGUGUAGCAGUCACAUACAAGAAUAUCAGCAGAGCAGGGAAGUCACAUGAAUGUGCAUUUGGAUUAAAUGAUAAAUCUUGGAUGUUAUUUUGUCAUGAAAAAAGUUAUAUCUUUCAUUACAACAGCAUCAACACUCGAUUGUCAGUUCCUCGGUCCUCCAGAGUAGGAGUGUACCUGGAUCACAGUGCAGGUGUUCUGUCCUUCUACAGAGUCUCUGACACCAUGACUCUCCUCCACAGAGUCCAGACCACAUUCAUUCAGCCUCUCUAUGCUGGACUUAGGAUUCGUUAUCCUGGAGACACAGCUGAUCUCUGUAAACUGAAAUAGACUUGAGUCAUUAAAAGCAGUGAUUUAGAUUCUGUGUUUAAAUCUUUAACUUCUUUUGUCUCCAUGUUUGUUGAUCAAAGUUCUUCGUGGUGACUUUCUGCUCCACACAGAGAUCAGCUGUCAAUCAAACACUGACCUUCCUUUAUCACACAUAUUUAGUUCUCACUGUGUAAAGACAGAAAUCAGAAACCUAUGAAUCGCUGACAUGAAUGUGUUUGAAAUAACUUAUUUUGCUUUUGUUUUCUAAAUCAAUGUAGAAAUCAGGUUGUGUGAUGUUUUAGAACCUGUGUUGAUCCUGAUCCUCAUCGAUGAGCUGAUUAUUUGUUCUUUUAUUUUCCACGUGUGAGAUGGAGGUGAAACAAACUGAUUGUAUGUACAUGAACUCUCUGAACAAGAGUCACUGAACAGACUUUACUGAUGAAAUGAUCAAUGACCUCAGAGCGUCAACAUGUCAAACAGAUCAACUGUACUUUAUUUCAGGCAUUAGUAUGUUUAUUAAUCUAAUUAAUAUAUUGUAACUGUACUAAAGUGUAAUGUACCUUCAAGACAUUCUGUGUUGUCCAGAUACCAAAGUCCAUUAUAACCUUAAGUCAUUUGUAAAGCAUGGACCGUGCAGGAGCUUCUCCAAACUCAUGAGUGACUGUUCAGGUGCCAGUGCCCUCUGAUGGAUUCAUGUGUGACAGGAUAGUCUCCGUUCAGCCGGGUGUUAAUGUUGGAGCGUAUGUUAGCAAAAAACGAGGGUCGUAGGAAUCGUCCAUCUAACACAACACAUUACAGAAAUGCGCAGCAAAUAGACAAACGCACUGCAAAUAGACAAACACGCUGCAAAUAGACAAACGUGUGGAAGGAUGCUGCUGCUGCGCCAGCUCCAGCUCCCACUGCUCCCACUGCGUGGCUGCGCUGGGGAGCUGGGUCUCUCGCAGCCAGGCUUCGGCCCACCUGACUCUGGUUCAAAACGAUAUAGUUGCAAGAUUGUAUCUUCGUCUGCGGUAGCCAUAUUUCUACAGAGGUAAUGGUUAGCUACAAAUCUGGGCGCUUGUAUCUCGUGAAGGAGG